CUUCCGCUAAAAGCGCCAUAGCUAUUCGCAGUAAACUUCAGAUCACCGCUGUUCUGGUCAAGAAGGCCAAAUAGCGAAAGCAUCAUGUUGCGACUGCCGACUGUUGGCCGGGCUUUAGCCGGAGCUGCCAAGGGCAGUCUGGCUCCCUCCACCACUGUGCAUACCUCCAUGCGUGCUGCUAGCAACAUGGUGGAAGUAUUUGUAGAUGGGAAACCGGUGGAGGUGGAGCCUGGAACCACUGUCCUACAGGCUUGUGAGAAGGCAGGAAUCCAAAUCCCCAGGUUCUGUUACCACGAGCGCCUCUCUGUGGCAGGAAACUGCCGCAUGUGUUUGGUUGAAAUUGAGAAAGCACCAAAGCCGGUCGCGGCUUGUGCCAUGCCCGUCAUGAAGGGUUGGAACAUCCUCACAAACUCGGAGAAAACACGCAAAGCAAGAGAGGGGGUGAUGGAGUUCCUGCUGGCCAACCAUCCUCUGGACUGCCCCAUCUGUGAUCAGGGAGGAGAGUGUGACCUGCAGGAUCAGUCCAUGCAGUUUGGCUCUGACCGCAGUCGUUUCACAGAAGGGAAGAGAGCAGUGGAGGACAAAAACAUUGGGCCUCUUAUUAAAACCAUCAUGACCCGCUGCAUCCAAUGCACACGAUGCGUCCGUUUUGCCAGUGAGAUUGCUGGUGUUGAAGAUCUGGGAACAACAGGAAGAGGAAACAACCUGCAGAUUGGGACCUAUGUAGAGAAAAUGUUCAUGUCUGAGCUGUCGGGCAACGUUAUCGACGUGUGUCCUGUCGGAGCACUCACCUCCAAGCCGUACGCUUUCACUGCACGUCCGUGGGAGACCAGGAAAACAGAGUCAAUUGAUGUGCUGGAUGCUGUGGGCAGUAACAUUGUGGUGAGCACAAGAGGAGGGGAGGUGAUGAGAGUCAUGCCCAGGCUGAAUGAAGACGUCAAUGAAGAAUGGAUCUCUGACAAGACCAGGUUUUCAUAUGAUGGUCUCAAGAGACAGAGGUUGACCCAGCCAAUGGUGAAGGAUGAUUCAGGUCAGCUGACCCCCACCACAUGGGAGGACGCUCUUACUCGCAUCGCAGGAGCACUGCAGAGUGUGCAGGGCAGUGAGGUUGCAGCCAUAGCAGGAGGGCUGGCCGAAGCUGAAGCUCUGAUUUCCCUCAAAGACCUUCUCAACAGACUUGACUCUGAAAACCUCUGCACUGAGGAGGUUUUUCCUAUGGCAGGUGCAGGCACUGACCUCCGCUCCAACUACCUGUUGAACUCCCGCAUCGCUGGCAUUGAGGAAUGUGACCUGCUGCUGCUCAUAGGAACCAACCCACGCUACGAGGCCCCAAUGUUCAACGCCCGAGUCAGAAAGAGCUGGCUUCAUAAUGAGCUGCGUGUAGCGAUGGUCGGUCACAACGUCGACCUGAGCUACACAUAUGACCACCUGGGAGAGGACACUUCAGUACUGAAGGAGCUGGCUAACGGCACACACCCCUUCUGUCAGGUCCUUUCAGCUGCCAAGCGGCCAGUCGUGGUCGUGGGCAGCGGCGCCCUGCAGAGAGACGAUGGAGCCGCCAUUUUGAGUGUCGUCUCCACCAUUGCUCAGAAUGCCAGAACCAGCAGUGGAGUGGAGGAGGGAUGGAAAGUCCUCAAUGUCCUACACAGAGUGGCGAGUCAAGUGGCUGCAUUGGAUCUGGGCUACAAAGCUGGUGUAGACGCCAUCAGGAAGAAUCCACCCAAAGUUCUGUUCCUGCUGGGAGCUGACGCCGGCUGCAUCACCAGAGCUGACCUCCCCAAAGACAGCCUCAUCAUUUACCAGGGUCACCAUGGUGAUGUAGGAGCACCGAUGGCAGACAUCAUCCUACCAGGCGCUGCAUACACAGAGAAAAAUGCCACUUACGUGAACACUGAAGGAAGGAGCCAGCACACCCGGGUGGCUGUCACUCCUCCUGGAGCAGCCAGAGAGGACUGGAAGAUCAUCAGAGCUGUGUCUGAACUGGCUGGUGUGACUCUCCCCUACGACUCUCUGGACGAGGUGCGGUCCAGACUGGCAGAGGUUUCUCCUCAUCUGGUCCGUUAUGACGACGUGGAGGAGGCAAACUACUUCAAACAAGCAAAUGAACUUGCCAUGGCAGUGAACCAGGACCUAAUAGCAGCCCCUCUCAUCCCACCUCAGCUUACAGUUAAAGACUUCUACAUGACAGACUCGAUCAGCAGGGCAUCACAGACGAUGGCCAAAUGUGUCAAAGCCGUCACAGAAGGAGCCGCUGCAGUCGACGAGCCAUCAGUUUGCUGAACACCCACUUCCUCGCAUACAAACGACAACAAAACUCUUAUCGCUGAAAAAAAAAAACAGCUGAAAGCUGAAACAGCUUAGUGUUGUUCCCUUAAAUUAAAGUUCUUGUCCUUGAUGCUUGUUGUAUACACUUAAAUCGUUUUCAGUUUUGUAGAAGAAAUAAAACUGGGAAUCGUAUAUAAAAUAUAAAUAAAAUCUUACUGAUGUCUGUA